GACCGAGAAUCAUGACAUAGAAAAACUUCCUAUGAUUACAUUACUGGGACUAUUUGUUUGUACUACAAGCUCUCAUAGACUUAUCAAGUCGUAUAUUAUUUCGCACAAAAACAAAACUUCCAUAACAUUGCUAAUCUUAAUUUAUAAAUACACUAGACAAGCUCAAGAACUAUUUCAUUCGAUAUCUAGACGGCUUACUAAUAUGCAUAUUAUAGAAAAUUGUGUAUAAAAAUAAACUUAAUUACAAGUAAUUGAAAAAAAAAUAGAAAAAGAAAUUGAAAAAUGGCGCCGUCUACAGAUUAUGAUGCUCCCAAGUUUUUAACAGAAGAAUAUGUGGAAAAUAUUUUGAAAAAAUAUUUUCAAAAUUCUUCACUAAAAGUAAUCAAUAUAGAGACAACAUCUGCUACAGCAAAAGGUGAAAGUUAUUGCAGUAUAAUGACUAGAACAUUAGUCAAUUACAAAAUAGAUCAAGAGAAAUAUCCGAAACAAAUCCAUUUUAUAGUCAAGUCCACAUAUGAUAAUAAACCUAUGUUAGCUGAUGUUUUACGUUCAUACGAUGUCUACAAUACAGAAAUGCAAAUGUAUGCAAUGGUUUUACCGCAAUUACAACAAAUGCUCCUCGAUACUGGUGACAUGGAUCAGUUGAGUGCCAAAACUAUUCAUGUAGACUAUGAACGUAAUGUUAUAAUAUUUGAGGAUUUAAGAGAACGUAAAUUCACCAUGGCCAAUCGUUUAGAGGGCAUGGACGAAAUACAUGUAAAACUUUGUUUAAGAAAACUUGCCAAAAUGCAUGCUGCAGCAGCUGUUUUAAAUGAACAACAAGUCGGUUCUCUGGAAAAAUUCUCUCAUGGUUUAUUUAAUAAACAUGUCAACUAUUUUGGUGUAUUUUUUGAAAAUGUUCUGAAUGUAGGUGUUAAAUUUGUGGAAUCAGAAUUGGGAAAUUACUACAGAGAUAAACUAUUGAAAUUAAUUCCAUAUAUUGUAGAAUAUUCUACACGUUGUUACGAUUCAAAUUCAAAACAUUUUCAAACAUUAAAUCAUGGUGAUAUGUGGACUAAUAAUAUAAUGGUUCUAUAUAAUAACGAUAAGUAUACUGCAGAUAUUCAAGAUGUUUUAUUAAUAGAUUUUCAAUAUUGUAAUUGGACAUCUCCUGCUAUAGAUCUAUAUUAUUUUCUAUAUUCAUCUACGGAAGACAAUUUACUAUUUAAUCAUCUACCAAAAUUAAUACAAUACUAUCAUCAGGUGUUAUCGGAUAAUUUAAGAAAAUUUAAUUAUAAACAACAUAUACCAACCCUACAGGAACUUAAUGUACAACUGUUGGAAAGAGGAUUUUAUGCUGUUACUUCUUUACUGGUGGUCUUGCCACUCAUGAUCAAUGAUAAAAGCGAGGAUGCUGAUUUUGAAAGUAUAUUGGGCAGUGAUGAGAAGGCAAACAGAUUUCAUAAUGCAUUAUAUUCCAAUCAAAGGGUUCAAAGAAUUAUUAAAGAAAUGUUGCCCAGACUUGAUCAAAUUGGUCUGUUAGAUAUUUGUGAAUGAUAUAAACAUGGCCAACCAUAUAAUACCCUACAUCAUGAGUAUAUUUUAUUUUUUUUAAAUAAACUUUUAUAUUGAAUAUUAACAUAAUUCCAA